AUGGGCAAGCGUGGAACCCCCCGAGCUUCGUGCGACCCUUGCCGUCGCAAAAAAGUUAAAUGCGACAAAGACCAACGCAACACCGAAGGCAUCUCGAUCUGCUCCUUCUGCGUCGCUCGAGGCUACGAGUGCAUCAUCACCGACAAUGCACGUUCCAACGCCGACACCUCCGACAACGAUGCACAGCAGGGCGCUGAUCCGGCGCCAUCGGCAGCAGCCAAUGCGCCGAGGAAGAAGCGCAAAAAGUCUGACGCAGCGGAAGCCGCUUCCACCAACGGAGCUGGCACAGAACCAAAUGACGACUCCACCCCGCAGCCGGACGACCUCUUCGUGACGCCCGGCCCGGCGACGGAACCAGAUAUGCUCAAUGUUCGUGGCCUCACCCGGUCCAUCCUCGACGAUGCCGUCUCGUCCCAUUUCCGCACAACGUAUUGGUGCAAUCCUGCCGUGCUUCCGCGUCACUUCUAUCCGAGAUACCGCCGACACAUCAGCAAACUCGACGGCGUCGGCGCUUCCUCGGCAGCAUACGACCUUUUCCCUCCUGCUGACAUCCUCAUCCUCGCCGUCGCUUGCGUUGGCGUGGUGCAGCUCGGCUACGCAUCCAACCGCUUCGACCUUCAGGCGCGCAUCUACAAGCGCCUCGAGAAGCUGGUCUCGCAAGCAUGCACCAAACAGAUUACCGUUGCUCUGGAUGUGCUGGAAGCCAUCCUGCUGACGUUCGACGUACCCGCUCGCAACAAGAGCGUCGAAGAGGCCACUACUUCCAGCCUUGAUGCGGGGUUUGUCCACCCUAUGAGCCACACCAAGAUGAUUCGACUGCUCACAUAUCACGGCUUCAACCGCUCCAAGGACGAUCGUAUUGUCAAAGCGCAGAGGCUCAAGAACCGCGUUCCAGAUCGGGACCUCGUAGACGAGGUCAAUGACGAACGCAUGCCGCUCGUCCUCGCUGUCGCCGUUAUCAACGACAUUAUUCGCAGCUUUGACCUGUUUGAGCGCCAUCAACUGCUUCAAGAGGAUAUAGACCCGGACGCCAUGACGGCCGACCUCGGCGGUCCGAUCGGCAACCAAUGGGCCUGGCAGCUCUCGGUCAUGGCCUCGGUGCUACGGACGCACAAUCUCACCAUCUGUGCCGCCAAAUCUCGGCGUCUGGGCAUUUCACCCACGGCGAUCUUGGAAGUGCUCCAGCAGUUGGAACGCUUUGAUAGGCAGAUGCCUGAAGUACUGCGCUGGAAUCUGUCGGCAGCCGAGAGCCACGGGUCUGCGUUGCAAGAGCUCAUCCCGUACGACAACAGCAACGAGGAUAUCAUCUCGAUCCUGGUUCGCAAGGCGUUCCUGUACCUGCUGGUCUGGAGUCAGUACCAAUGUAUUCACGCCAUGAUUCGCGCCCACGGCCUGCAACUUCCAGCACAAGGCUCGCGGCUGGAGGGCAGCCCCUACCUACGAGCGCGGCAACGGAUCGACUCGCUGCUCUUGACCGCCUUCGACCGCAUGGCCGAGAUCGCCCCGCAGCUGGCGGCCAUCUCGGUGCCGCCGUCGUUUGCAUCGGUCAACUUGCUGGAUUACAGCUCGAUUGCGUUCCGCAGCUCGAUCAAGCGUGGUGCGUACUAUGCGCUCGAGAUGGCCAAGCAGACAUUUAAAGCGGGCUUGCACGAGCUUACGGCGGAUCUGCUUUCCAAAGCGGGAAGGAUGGUUUAUGCGUUCAGCACAUACCAGUGCCAUCCGGAUACGCAGGCUGAGGCGGCAAGGAUGCGUAAGCUUCUGUCGAGCUUGUAUAGCGAGUUCGAAAUGAUUCCGGGGCUGGGACCAACGAACGAGGGGAAGCUGAGGCAGGAGCGCGCGAGAUUCUCGAGCGUGUUCGAACCGGCUGCUGCGUUCCAAGAGGCGACUAGCUCGGCGAUGCUGGUUUCGGAUGUGGCAGACUCGCCGUGGAAUGGCGCUGCUGUUCCAUCAACAGCUGCUGCGAUGAGCACUGCCGCUUCGUGGAGCACACCGGGCACGGACGAUCUGACUGGAUUCGGCGGAUCGAUGAACGAGUUCCUCCAAGGACUGCCGAUCGUGAAUGCUGCUUCUGCCAGCUCCCAUGCUGCCUCGUUUGCGCCGAGGACGCCUGCUUCGACAGUUACUGCUGCAGCGAGUCCGUUUGACUUGAACGCCUUUCUGGACACGCAGAUCGAUGCCGGUGCCAUACCGAAUGGGAGGAAUACGCCGUCCCAGCUGUAA